GCCUGCUCUGUUCUCUCCUCUAUCAGCUGCUCCUGCCUGCAGAGUGAAUACUGUCCAGUCAUUGUGAGGAUCAGCUUCAGCUGCUCCGAUUAUUGAACCCGUCAGAACCCCACAGUUCGGUCAAAACAUAGCAUGAGGGAGACAGGGUCUAAGCGGAGAGAAAAGGCGGGCGGCCGGGACAAGUCCAGCAAGGAGCCCAAAGAACCGAAGGAGGCGAAGACGGCCCAGGAGCAGCAGGACGUGGAGAUGCCGGAGGAGGAGGCUGCUAACGCGGCUAAGCAGCCUAAAGAGCAGGACAGCCUUACACUGGAGGUGUCCCCUUCAGCUCAGGUUCCACCUUCUCCAGUCUCCAAACCGUCUCUGCAGACUGAAACACAGGCUGGACGAGUCAAAGACAUCAAGGAGCAUGUGAAGCAGAUUGAGAAGGCCGUGUCAGGAAAGGAGCCUCGCUUCGUCCUGCGCGCCCUGCGAGCGCUGCCGUCCACCAGUCGCCGCCUUAAUACCAACGUGCUCCACAAAGCCCUCACUGGAUUCUUCACCAGCAAUGCCACCACUAGAGACUUCCUGGUGGGCUUCUUGGAGGAGCCCAUGGAGAUGGCGGACGGAGACAUCCAGUUCCGUCCAAGGACGGGGAAAGCGGCAUCAGCUCCUCUUCUUCCAGAGGUGGAGACGUAUCUCCAGCUGCUGCUGGUGAUCCACCUGACCAACAGCAAGAGAUACACAGAGGCUCAGAAAGUUUCUGACGAGCUGAUGCAGAAGGUGAGCUCGAAGAACCGCAGAGCUCUGGACCUGGUUGUCGCUAAAUGUUAUUAUUAUCACGCCCGAGUGUACGAGUUCCAGAACCAGCUCGAUACCAUCCGCGGCUUCCUGCACACCCGGCUGCGCACGGCGACGCUGCGCCGCGACGCCGACGGUCAGGCCGUGCUGCUCAACCUGCUGCUGAGGAACUACCUUCACUUCAACCUGUACGACCAGGCCGAGAAGCUCGUGUCCAAGUCCGUGUUCCCCGAGCUCGCCAACAACAACGAGUGGGCCAGAUACCUCUACUACACAGGUCGGAUCAAGGCCAUCCAGCUGGAAUAUACGGAAGCUCGCAGGACUCUGACCAACGCUCUGAGGAAAGCUCCGCAGCACACUGCAGUGGGCUUCAAGCAGACUGUUCACAAGCUGCUGAUUGUGGUGGAGCUGCUGCUCGGAGAGAUUCCUGACAGGCUGCAGUUCAGACAGCCGUCACUCAAACGCUCCCUGAUGCCGUACUUCCUGCUGACCCAGGCGGUGAGAACCGGGAACCUGGCCAAGUUUAACCAGGUCUUGGAGCAGUUUGGCGAAAAGUUCCAGGCUGACGGGACGUACACACUUAUCAUCCGCCUGCGACACAACGUCAUCAAGACCGGCGUUCGGAUGAUCAGCCUGUCAUACUCUCGGAUCUCUCUGGCCGACAUCGCUCAGAAGCUGCAGCUCGACAGUCCCGAGGACGCAGAGUUCAUCGUUGCCAAGGCAAUCCGUGACGGCGUGAUAGAGGCCAUCAUCAACCAUGAGAAGGGCUUCGUUCAAUCAAAGGAGACCAUAGACAUCUAUGGGACCAGAGAGCCUCAGCUGGCGUUCCAUCAGAGGAUCUCCUUCUGCCUGGACGUCCACAACAUGUCUGUGAAGGCCAUGAGGUUUCCUCCUAAAGCAUACAACAAGGACCUGGAAUCAGCAGAGGAGCGUCGGGAACGGGAGCAGCAGGAUCUGGAGUUCGCCAAAGAGAUGGCUGAAGACGAUGACGACAGCUUCCCAUGAGUCUCUCCACGGACUUCCUGUUCAAACAGGAAGUGGUAGUGUGUUAACAGAUCACUUAUUACCCACAAUGCUCCCUGUUUCCCCUGUUCCCUGUGUUGCAGCUUUAAACUCUGCUGCUGUUUGUUUCUGAAACCAAUAAAUCUUGUCUUUGUUUACUA